CUUUAUAGAGCUUGGCAGAGGAACCCCGACGCUCUGAGGGGAAUACAGUCCGGCCGCGUUUGCAACUACGCCCGAAGCAUGGUUAUUUCGGAGGAAAGCUCUCAGGCGAGCUAAGUUGCAGCGUCCAACUUUAAGUUUCAGAACACAGUGGGGUUCUUCGAGAACGCCGAGCACCAGAGGAAACACUUGUGGACGCUUAAAACUGCAAUUUGAAUGAAAUAAUCAACUAUUCUGGAAGCCACGAUUCUUCGGGACUGCGAUGACCUCCAGUAAAGACAUGAAGGCAGGUUCUGUGUUGCAGUCCAACGGCGAGGAGAGGAGGCGGGCUCCCUUGGACCAGCUGCCGCCACCGGCCAACUCCAACAAACCCUUAACGCCGUUCAGCAUUGAGGAUAUCCUUAACAAACCCUCGGUAAAGAAGUCCGUCGCCAGUAUCUGUCCGCCGAGAGUGCUGGAGAAAGUGACGGGCUCUAACUCGGCGCGGAACGGGAUCACCACUCCUUCCUCGCCGCUGUGUGCGCUGGAGGAGCUGGCCAGCAAAACGUUUAAGGGUCUGGAAGUCAGUGUUAUCCAGGCAGCAGAAGGUCGUGAGCAUCUAAACGCUUUCGGACAGAGACAGACGUCGAAAAAGAGGAGAAAGUCGCGGACAGCCUUCACGAACCACCAGAUAUACGAACUGGAGAAGAGAUUUUUGUAUCAGAAGUACCUUUCUCCGGCCGACCGCGACCAGAUCGCGCAGCAGCUGGGGCUCUCCAACGCGCAGGUCAUCACCUGGUUCCAGAACCGCAGGGCCAAACUCAAGAGGGACCUGGAGGAGAUGAAAGCGGACGUGGAGUCGCUAAAGAAAAUCACCCCACAGACGCUGCAGAAGCUCGUCAGCAUGGACAACAUUGAGGAUCCACAGGGUGGGGGCCCUGAGGCCAGAUCGCCCAGUAUCUCCCCUACCUCCCAAGGACACCGGGCCUUCCCACAGUCCCCCUUGUCAUCCAGAGACCAAACCACGGAUGAAUUCUCGGAGGACGACGAGGAAAUCGAGGUGGACGAUUAACAGUCAAGGAGCCUGUGAUUUUCAUAAGCAUCAAACAAAGUGUUAAAAGGGGGCAUUUUUCUAUCCACACUUUUGCACGGAUAUGGACAAAAACGGAGAAUAUAUACACAUAUAAACAUUUCAGGAAAGUUUUUUUCUCCUCCUUCUGCUAUUUUUUCUUGUCAAUUUUAAUUUAUUAACCGGACCUGUAAAGCCUUAGAAACCUGUAGUUUAAGUUUCAUCACAAUAUCUGGUUUCCUUUCUGACACAUUUUAAAUUGUUGUGCUACAGGAAGACUGACAAUUGUGUAAACAUUUUAAUACUUCACGGUUAUUUCAAAGGGUGGGGAGAGUUGUGCAAUUAUUUUAGUCUGACAUUUAUUCGCAUUUUAGGGAUUUGUCAAAUAUUUAAAUUAACCCCCUCCACCCCCUUUUUUUAUUUAGUGUGCACAAGCGGUGGCGGUGUGUCAGUCCAUCCCACCUUCCGUGGAAAAUAGCCUAAUUAUUUUUUGCCCAGAGCGAAGUGUCUGCAGGCCUGUGUGCAGCGCAGAGGACGCGUCACCGUCAUGACCGACUGCAAACUUUCACACGCUGACUUCUGUACAUAGAUCAAACAUCCUAUGCGAUAAUUUUAUUGUAACAGUCUAUUUAAUCAGCAUCUAUGUAAAUAAAGGUUAUAUGAUAUUUCA